AUGGUGCUAUUAUCGCCAACCUCAUUUUAUAUGUGUCUCAAUCUCUUUGUGGCACUCACUGGCAGUUGUGUGCUCCGUUUGCGAGAACUGGUCCUUAUGAACGUAACCCAGGUCUCUGGUAUGGCAUUAGUGAACUCUACGUAUUUGGACAAGAACAAAACCCUGGCCAGAAUCCCAGAGUCCAACAGGCUUAUUGAGUUUGUGCUUGCCCUCAUUUUCCUGGGCCAAUGCAGUGCAAAGUAUGCGUUCCUCAGUAGAACAUAUUGGAAAUUGGAGCAUGUCAUGGCGUUCUUUACAUCCCGCAGGAACUAUGCCUUAUGCACUCCGGACUUAACUGGUUCAGUCAGCUCAAAAAAUCUGUCUCCUAGCUUUACGUUCCUCGAUGCCAUCUACUUUAUUGUCAUUCGCAAGCUAGAAGACAUCGAUUCGUUGAAUCCAGCGCUUCCAAAGUAUUUGCGACACACUGUGGUGUGCGGGCAUAUUGAGCUCGAGCUCGUUCAAAAGUUUCUGCAAGAAUAUAUUGCCAGAUCAGAUUCUAUUACUUUUGCCUCGACAAUUGCCAUUUUGCACAGCGACGAGCCGUCCAUGGAGAUGAAGGCAAUGCUGCAGGAGUCAGAGUUUGUUAAACAUGUGUUUUAUGUCAAAGGCCACUCUACUGACUUCAGUGCGCUCAAAAAGGUGCGAGUUGAUGUGGCCAAGUGCGCCUACAUUUUGGCGGACAAGCACAGCCCUGGAUCUGGCGUUGAAGAAGACGUCGGUACUAGAAUGACUAUGAUGGCUGUGAGCGUUUUUGGAGUAUCCAGCAAUCAAGCGCAUCAGACAGAUAAGCGGCGGAAAAACUUGUCGCCCAAGAUUAAGGUGUUUGCACAGACCCUUUUACCAGGCAGCAUAUCUCAUUUAGCGUACCCGCAGACUACCCGUGUAAUGUGCGUCGACGAGAUGCGCAUGGGGAUAAUGGCGCAAAACUGUGCUACGCCCGGGUUUGCCGCUCUGGCAUAUAUGCUGUCAACGUCAGUGUCCAAGCAUGCGGAUUGGGACCUUUCGGGGGCCUUGGAAGAAAACAUUGCCAAAUCAGCAGGGCACAACAUAUCUUCUGAUUUCAAGCCCAGAUACUACCAGACUUUGUUAGCACCGAGAAACUACAUGUUGCAAGAGAACAACAUUCUUUUUUAUAUAUCGACCGAAGACGAUUAUACGUUCAAAGAUAUGAACGAUGGUGAUCGCAAGGCUCUCAGAACCAAAAUUGUGCCGAGAGCCAUGCAGUACACCGACGUGGAUGGGUUAACCUUUGGAGCCAAUCCGCUGUCACCCAUGCCGAACCCGAGUAGUUUUUCCGAACGCAGUACCAGCGAGACUUCUGUCCACAACAGCCCGUCUCUGCAAGCUGCAUUUACUGACAACACCCCUGCUACAACGCAAUCGCACCAGUUUGAGUUUGGAGGGCGACAAAUUAACUUGGUACCGCAGGACAUGCACGGUCACAUUGUCAUUUGUGAUACCAGCAACUCAUUUCCGCGCAACAUUGAGCUACUGGUGCAAGCGCUGAAAAGUUCUUUUGCAAACAAAAGUCUCGGCAUCGUCAUACUGUCGCUAGGCGAACCAGUCAAUCAGCGCAAGCUUGUAUUGGCGGCACUGACAGCGCUGACACAGCAGCCAUCCUGGCAUACAUAA